GCCGUGCAGAAAAUCUAAACAACACCGAUGGAUCUGGAUUGAGGCAACUUAUCUAAUUUUCCGUCUUGAUUGACAUGGUUUAACAGUGUUGUGUUCAUCGUUGCGUGUACAAAAAGCCAACAAGUUCGUGUAUUUUAAAGAAUUUCACCAUGGACCCUUUAUAAAAAUGUUAUUUCGGUGAAGAUAAAUUUCAAUCCAAUUGAGAGGAUGAUCUAUUCAAGUUAUGAAGUGAUGCUGUCUCACAUCCGUAUGGAAAUACGGCUAGAUUGCAUUCCCAUUGCUCUAUGAAGACUGCUUAUGCAUCCAUAAUCCGGAUACGGGAGGCACUAGAGCUGCCAUUUUAUGAAUAAAUUAAAGAAGACCCAACUAAUAUGUCUGGUGAAAAAACUUUGAUUUCAAAAGACGAUAUGAGUGCAAAUGAAGAUGAAACCGUUCCUGGUGAGGAUCUCGACUAUCAAGAUGUUUCAUUUUCUGAGAGUACCUCUGUCUCUGGUGACAAAAUGGAUGAUUUAGAGGGUAAUUCUGUUAGUUCAAGUAAAACUAUUUCUGUUCUGGAUGGUUCCUCGACUGACGCAGCCAGAGUUGGUGUCUCAGUGAUUGCAAGCACAGCAGAUGCCGAAGCUUAUUUAUUCUCUGAGGCUAAUCAGGGUGGGAUCAUUGAUUCUGGGAAUGAACUGGGUAGUCCACAGUCAUCCUCAUUUGCUGGUGAAAUUUCGGAGCAAAAGUAUAUUUUAAGUUCUGAAACGUCCCAAGAUGAAAUUUCAACUAUUCAAGAUGUGAAAUAUGAAGAGAAAGGAGCUAUCCUUGACCAUGCUGGGGAAGCUAAUGAGAUGGAAUUGAAUCAGCAAGUCACUCAAAUGGGGGUAAUUGGGGACACUGAUGGAACAGAUGAUUUUGAACAAAGUGGGGAAGUUAGCCGGGCUGACUUUACAAACAAAACUGGUGAGGUGAUUGAAACUGAAGAAAUAGGUGAAGAAGUAUUUUAUGAAAGUCAAGUCGCAGAUGAGAGUCACAUUGUCAGUGAUAUGCUGGAUAUCAAAGAAAGCCAGAGAGUUGUUGAUAAUUCAGAAAUGGCUAAGAUUCACAUGGCUGACACAUCUCAAGAAAUCAAUGAAACUCAAGAAGUUGAGCAAGAUCAAGAAAUUAACGAUUCUGAAGCAAUUGACAACACUCAAUUAGUUUAUGAAAUUCAAGAAGGCGAUGUUAGUCAAGGUGAGGAUGAACUUCAGGAAGGUGAUGAACUUCAAGAAGGUGGUGAAUUUCAAGAAGGGGACGAAGUCCAAGAAGGUGAUGAAGUUCAAGAAGGAGAUGGAGUUCAUGAAGGAGAUGAAUAUCAAGAAGGCGAAUUUGAAGAAGGAGAUGAAUUUCAGGAAGGGGAAGAAGUUCAAGAAGGGGAAGAAGUUCCAGAAGGUCAAGAAGUUCAAGAAGGGGAAGAAAUUCAAGAAGAGGAAGAAAUUCAAGAAGGGGAAGAAAUUCAAGAAGGGGAAGAAGUUCAAGAAGAGGAUGAAAUUCAUGAGGGUGAGGAAGUUCUUGAAAGUGAAGAAGUUCAUGAAGGUGACGAAAUCCAGGAAGGCGAUGAGUUUCAGGAUGAUGGUGAGUUUCAAGAAGGUAAUUCGAGUCAAGAGGAGGUUGGACUUCAAAGAGGUGAUGUUAGUCAAGAAGAAGAUGAUAGUCAAGGUGCUGGUGACAGUCAAGAUGUUCUUAAAAGUGAAGAGGUUGUUGGCAUUGAACGUGAAGCAGUUGAUUAUGAUCAGGGAUCCAAUGAAGGAAUGGAAAUCGAUGAAAGGCAUAAUGUUGUCGAAACAAUGGAAAUUGAUGAAAGACAAGAUCGUGAGGAAACCAUGGAAAUUGAUGAAAGCCAGGAUGGUGAUGAAAGUCAGGAUGCUGAAGAAAAUCUUGAAAUUGAUGAAAGUCAUGAAGUGGGUGAAACCCUAGAAAUUGAUGAAAGUCAUCAAGAUGGCAGUUCUCAGCAAGUUGAAUCCUCUGAAAUUCCCAAACAAGAGUCCACUGUGCAAGAUAACAGUGGUACUCAUAUUUCUCAUGAUACUGCUGUUGCUGUGGUUUAUAAAUCAAACACUGAAAGUCCAUCUGACAACAUUGUUCCGAAAGAGAUAGCAGCAGAUUCUGAAGGCAACGGCAGUGCUCUAGAGGAAGCUGUGAGUGAAAGGACUAGUGUAGUUUCUCUUGAUGAAUGUCAGAGGAGUGCUGCAAAUGGUGAGGAAGGUGCUGGAAUUUUGAAUGUAGAUAAUGUAAAUGAAGUUCAAGCUGAACUAUCUGAGAUGUCUACAAGACAGCUUCCAGAGAAUGCCAACACCGAUCAAACGUCAACUGAAGAUAGGUCAGAAAAUGGAACUUUAGGUGGUGGGGAGGAGGAAGAGGAAAACGACAUGGUGGAAGAUGGUGAUGAUAUGGGUGAAGGUGAUACAGAGGAUGAUGGUGACGAAGAAGAUUUUGAGGAUGGUGAUGACAUUGGUGAUGAAGUAGAGGUGGAAAUAGAGGACUGUUCUGACCCUGAAAUGGAAUCUGAAGGUGGUGUGACAUAUAUCAUUAGUGAAGGGAUGAUUGUUGUGGAAGAAAAUGACAACUCUGAAGUAUUCUCAGCUGAUCAAACUGGCGUGUCUCCUGAAGAAGAACGUGUUCAAUGUGACGAUCAAAUUGGAAGCAUGCAGAAGACUACUCGAAUCAUUAUUAAAAUGCCUGCAUCAAAAAACAACACUACUGAAGAGGGAACAGAAUCUGAAACCAUCUGCAACAAGGCACCAGAUCAAGAAGCCGAUUCUUCAGAUGUAGCAAAAUCUUCAAAUGAAAACCGCAUUUCAUCUGAAGAAUCUCUCCUUUCGGUUUCAGAAAAGAAGUUAGAAACAGGUGACAAUCUGAAAGCAAGUAGUACCUUGGUGGCUGUUGAGAAAGUUUCAGUUGGUGCAUCUGUAUCACGCAUAGAAAAGGACCAAGUAUUAAAAACUGCCAGUGUUCAAUUAGUCGAUUGUGUCUUACCUACAGCUGCUAAGAGUAUUGCAUCAAGCUCUGGAGAGAAAUUGAUGAAAUCUGAAAAAACAAAUAAGUCAAAUGUUGGCCCAACUACUCGUUCUGAUGAAUUAACAGAUUCCAAUAUUUCAGUUGCUUCUAAGACAUCAAAAUCUGAUAAUCUGACAGGCAUUACUACCUCAGUGGCUGAAGAUGUGGCCUUAAGUGAAUCAGGUAAAGAGCAUGUUAAAGCAUCUACAAGACAACUCAAAUCUGAACCAGAACCACUUAAUUUGAAUCAUGAAAAGUCCACAAAGACUGAAAAUACUGAAGGAGACAGAACAAUAACAGAGUCAAAGCAGACAUCUUCUGCCAAGAACAAGCAAGGGGAGAAGACAUCAUCAAAAAGUGCUGUGUCCUCUAAGAACAAGAAUCAAGGAAAGGUUUCCAAGGUAAUUGGUGGUAAUAAAGUUGAGAAAGGUCAAGCUGAGCCAUCGAAGGAAAGACAGACCACUGGGGGCAGGGAUGCUGUAAAACAUGCUGCAGUCCACUCGCACAAUGCUCCAAAGCACAAAAGCAGUAAAAACAAUACUGAUGAAAAGACACCUGUUUCAACGAAAACUGCUAAACAAGAUACUCCUAAGGAUGAGCGACUUUCCAAAGUGGACUCAAUCAAGAAGCAGUUGGAAUCUAAAGAUCUGUCGCGCUCAACCCAUACUGAGGUUCAGCACAGCACUAAAGGUUCUGCCUCUUCCAAGCAGCCUGGUGCUUCUAGCCAUCGAACACGGUCCAAUUCUACUUCUACAAAGGAUUCUUCUGUUAAAGAAAAAGAUAAAAGAGGGUCUUCCAAAGAUGAAGCUACUGAGAAGAAACCUCAAUCAGCUGAGGAGAUGUCAACCCCUAAUAAGACGAAUUCUGAAACCAAGGUCGCCCUACGAAGCAGCAGAUCUCGUAAAUCACAAGCAGAUCAUGCCACUUCAAGUCAGGCUCAGGAACCUGUAAAGAAAGACAAAGCUAAGGCUGCUACUGAAACCCCUACAAGACCUCGUCAAAGUGAGAGAGUAUCAAAGGCGACAGAAAAAGCAAUCGCCUCUGGUCUUAUUUCAAGAAGAUCUAAAACACUUGCUCCUGAGAAUAGUAGCUCUGAAACUAAUGAGAAGUCCUCCGAAAAUAAUUCUGAAGAUCAGUCUGCAUCUCGAAGAAGCAAACGCAAAGCUGAUUUAUCACCACCUGUCAGUAAAGAGGAAACUCCUUUGAGUAAACGUAGAACAACGAGAAGUGGAGAUGCCCAGAUAUCAGAUGAAACAACUCUCACACCUUCUCAAUCUGUGAGGUCUGCGCGUAAAAGUAAAAAUUUGAAGAGGAAAGCAUCAAGCACUGAGUUGCCUCCUGCAAAGCAUCCUCAUACAGAAGAGACAGCACCUAGAGACAAAGAUCUAGAAGAAUUUGUGGCCAAUAUUUCCAAAAUGUGCCGUAUAUGUGGAACAAAGAAUGACAAUCUUUUGAAUGUCUUUGGGCCUGAGGGGCUCACUAUACAACUCUCACAUAAAAUUCAUAACAUUCUCCCAAUUAAAAUACGAGCAGAGGAGCCAUUACCUUCAGGAGUCUGUCAUCCUUGUGUUGUAACUUUAAUGGCUUGUGAGAAGCUUGUAGAGAAGUGCACUAGCAUUGACAAACGUCUUCGUAUGCAUUUUAACUGCCCCUCAGAAAAAUUGCAGAAAGAUAAAACUACUCAGUUUGAAGUAGCUACUUCUCAACCACCCAUAUGUGACAGAACAGAAAAAGUUGUCUCAGUAGUGGUGUCAGAAGUAACCGAAAAGCCUGGAGAUAUGUCUUCAAAAUCAACUGAAAUUUCUGAAAAAUCUAAUGAGCUGAUUUCCAAAUCUUCUGAGUCACCUACAACAUCUACUGAGUUGCCUCUAGAACCAAUUGAAGUACCUGUGAAAUCUACUGAAGCAUCAAUUACUGCUGUAGAAAAACCACUUCCCUCACAGAAGCAUGUACAACCUACCAGGACUUCGUCAAGGGUUUCAGCUAAAGACAAGCAAUUAAAAAAGGUUAAGAAACCAUCACAUGAGCCAUCAAAGCCAACAACCCGAUCAACCAAAGAAAUGGCAUCUACUGCUAAAUCUCGUUCUGUACCAAAUACUGACUCUGAAGAUGCCCCACCUGUCCUCGAAGCUGAGCCCCCUCAGUCGGUAGGAGCAUCAAAUCAAGAGCCAUUAGCUCAGCCUCCAAUACUUAUCCCUCAGCCUGGCAAGCCUCUGCCUGGUUUGGUUCCUAUCCCUGCAGAUGAUCCUUCUAGUGCAAAGAGGUUUGGUAAUACCUAUAGAGCACGUAUGAAACCUGGGCAGUGGGAAAAAAUUGAAAGAGGCCUGGAAGCUAUCCAUGGAGAAGCGCCUGAGGAUGAGCAGGAUGAAGCCUCAUGUGAUGUCAAGCCGCUCACUGGUGCUCAGGCAGAAGAGUUUCACAUUGUUGAUCUUGACAUGAAUAUGGAAGAUGUGCAACCUGGAUCAGGACCGGCUGGUGGACAGUCAGGGAUGGAAUCCAUUCAUUUAGAAAUACCAUCUGACACUGCAGAUGAAGAGAAUGCUGCUCAACAAGCUAGUCCAAAGAGUGUCGUUGAUAGCAUUCUUGUCGAUUGGAGUGGGGAUGAGGAGGAUGUUACUCCUGUGCAGAAAGGCACUGCUGUUAGUUCUGGGCGACGAGUAACUGCUGCAGCAAGUGGGAAAGAUAAUAUCAAUGGUACAUCCCAGAAGAUCCAAGCCCUUCCUGUACCCUGUCUUUUUGCAGAUGAUGAGGGUGUCGAAAGUUCAUCACAAGUCAAAUCAAAACCUACUCCCAUCACCAUUAAAGAAGAGUCAUUCUGGCCGGAACCAGCUCCAGGCACCUCAGCAUCAACUACAGAGGUUCCAGCUAGUGAUGUUCCAUGGAAGUGCUUUGUGUGUGGAAAGCGUGGAAAAUCUCUACCUAAAUUCCUUGAGCACAAAAAGUUGCACUUGAAUGAUAGAAAGUUGGUUAGUUGUCCUAAAUGUAGUGAAAGUUUCAGCAAUGCUGGUCUUCUGAAGAAUCACAUGAAGGCUUUUCAUGGAGAUGAUGAUGAUGAUGAUGUGGUUGAGCAACAACCAAGAAUUACGCGGCGAAGGGGUAGACAGGAUGACGCAGUUGUGGAUGUUGACUUCUCUCCUGCAUCAGAUGGCCUUUACCAUUGCAGUUUAUGUCAAAGUGCAUUUACAAACAUUGAAAGCUUAUGCCAACAUAAAAUUACUCACCAGAAAACUGAAGUUGAUGCUUUCAAGUGCAAUGUUUGUGGGAAAAUCUUUCAUCGGUACAAUGAAUACCAACAUCAUUUGACAACCCAUCAGCCUGGAGCACAGAACAUCAAUUUGUUCCAAUGUGGAAAGUGUGAUAUGAAAAUGGCAAAUCAAAAAGAGUUUAUUGAACACAUUAAUUCCCAUACAACUGAGCAAACCAGCUUCACUUGUGAUCAGUGUGACAAGAUUUUUGACACAAAGCAUAAACUGAGGAGUCACAGAAGCACUGCUCACAAGUCUACAGCAUAUGCCUGUCAUUUAUGUGACAAAGUUUGUCAAAAGAGAAUAACACUGAUUGAGCACUUACGUAAACAUACAGGAGACAAUCCAUUUGCAUGUCCUGUCUGUAAUAAGAGAUUCAAUCGCCUAGCAAACUACAAGGCACACAUGACAAUCCAUGAAAAUGCUCGACGUUAUGAGUGUCCAUAUUGUGGAAAGCGCUUUAACCGCCAAAGCAUUCAGCAACGCCACAUUAAGACCCACACCACAGAACAAUCAAGAAAGCAUCGCUGCAGAGUUUGUAAUCUAACAUUUGGUUUGGCUACUGAAAUGUUUACUCACAGAAAACUUCACACUAGAGAUGAAGUUGAGCGUGCUACUUGGGAGGAUGAAAAACAGCGUUUGGCUCUCACUAGCUUCUCAUGUAAGGUUUGUCAAAUGCCAUUCAAUACAGUUGAAGAGGUCCUUAGACACAUGCCUUCGCACACAGAUGAAGAGAGAGAUAUUGCUGCCAAGCUUAUCAAUCCUAAACUUGAAUGUGACAUUUGUGGUAAAGUUCUGAACAGCAAAAGAACAUUCAAUGCCCACCGUUCCUCCCACAUUGAUGGGAAACCUUUUGUGUGCAAAAUCUGUUCCAAAGGAUAUGCUACUUCCACUGGUCUCAAUUAUCACAUGCUGUCUCACACAGGAGAAAGACCAUUCCCUUGUACUUUCUGUCAUAAGGGAUACAAAAAUAGUACAGACCUAAAAGUUCACAUGCGCCAGCACACAGGUGAAUUCCCUUACAAAUGUAACAAGUGCAACAAAGCUUUCCGGUCGGCUUCAAGUUUACAGAAACACGGGUUUGUCCAUUCAGAAGUCAGACCUUUUAAAUGUAGAUUUUGUAAUAUGUCAUUUAAAAGGGAGACAACAAAGCAUAAUCAUGAAAGAAUCCACACAAAUGAUCGACGUUACAAGUGCAAAGUUUGUUCAAGAACCUUUAUACAGAAGGGUGCUUGCGAUGCACAUGAAAAGUUGCACUUCAGAGGAGGCACACAGGUGUUCUUAAAUGUGAGUGAAGGCUUAACAGCCCAGAGACAUGGAGAUAAUUCAGAGAACUCUCAAGAAAUGACUGCAUCAACAAGCUCCAAAGCUGAGAAACAUGAUCUCUUUGAGGAUUUUGAAGAGGAAGAAUUUGAAGAGGAUGAUGACGAUGAAGAUGAGUACAUAAUUUAUGAGGAUGAAGAUGGUAUUGAUGAUGAGGAAAGAGAGGAAGAAGAAAUGUUCAUUGACACAGAUAACUCUCAGAAUUCUAUUAAAACAACUGUGAUCAAUGUACCAUUUGAUGAACCAUCCAAAUCCAGCAAUGGAGUGGUGGGUUUGCCAUCAGCUAACAUAACACCCAUACCUGUUGCAGUGUCUGGUGAUCUAAUUCCAAGCAUUGGCGACAGUUCUGUUCACAUUACACUUCUUUAAUUUUAAUAAUUGACACCUUUUUUCUCUAUGAUGUAUGAUUUUGACGUGAAGGUUACUUGUGUUCAAUUUUGUUUACUGAAAAUUUUUAAGUUACCUCUUAAAAAGGUAACUUAAUAGACGGUAACAUACCUUUUAGUUCUGCUGGAAAGUCCUAUAUAAGUGUGUAUGUGUGUGCGUGUGUGUGUGCAGUUUAUCUGAUGUUAAUCAUUAAUAGUGCAUUUUUAGUGAUUUGUGGUAUACUUUUUCAUUGAUGUAGUGGUUUACAUGAUUUAUUGUAAAAUUUAUCAAAUCAAAGAUCAAUGCUUAAUCUUAAUUAAUGAUUGUUAUUGUUUAGGGUUGUAGUCAAUGUAAAAGUGUGGAGUCAUAGCUGUAUAAUUUUAAUUUUCAUCUAUUUUAUAGAAGAUAUAUAAAAGAAUGUUCCAAGAAUCUUUCUUGUAUGGCAGAUGCUUCCCCAGUGUUGCAUCUUUCCUUUUUAAAUCCGUAGACUACCCCUGACUGCCAUAUUUAUGAGUGAAUAUGGAACAUGGGGUCCUCAAUUAAGUGAGUGUUUACCUUUUGAAUUUGUAAUUUUUCUCUUGCUGUUAUAAUUAGUGGAAUAUGUAAUUUAUCUCUGCUACUUACAGUAUUGUAAGUAUUUGCCCCACAUUCACUAAAAACAGUGAUGUACUUGACAAGUUAAAGGUUACUCACUGUCCACUAGUUUUUUUACAUAGCUGUGAAAUAAAUGUAGUGUUUUUCAACUGACUGUUUUCUUUUCUUUUUUUUUGUGUUUGUACAUAGUCAACUUUUUUUUAUGCAAUUUAAAGAAAAUCAAAGAAUAUAAUUUUGAAAUAGCAGAUAUAUAUAAUUGGUUAUCAACAUGUAAUUUUUGUGCAAUAUGCCAGCUAAAAGCUAGCUUAGGUAUAGUCUUACUUUACCUUAGAAGUUGAAUGUCCUUUGCACUGUCUAAAGCUUUUCCCUCUUCAGACAAAAAUAAACUUUACUUAGAUUUA